AUGCUUUUUUCAUUGUUUCUUCUUCUUCAUUACCAUCGAUGCUUUCUUUUUCUUCCUUAUUUCUUCUUCCUUGCCAUCAUCACUUUCCUUUUCAUCAUUUUUUCUUCUUCUUCCUGCCAUCACUUUUUUUUUUUAUUAAUUCUUCUUCUUCUUCAUUGUUUUUGGUUCUUUAUACCAUCAUCACUUUUUCAUUGUUUCUCCUUCUUCAUUACCAUAAUCACUUCUUUUUUCAUUAUUUCUUUUUCAUUGCUCUCAUCACUUUCAUUCUAUCUUGUUCACUUUUUAUUAUUUCCUUCUCUUCUUCUUCUUCAUCUUUUGUUCUACAUUAUUAUCAUCAAUUUCUUUUUCAUUAUUUCUUCUUCUUCUUCAUUACCACUUUUUCAUUAUUUUUUCUCUUUUAUUAUAUCUCCUUUUUCUUCCUCAUUACCAUCAACAGUUUUUCAUUAUUUUUUUAUCUUCUUCAUUAUCAUCAUCAAUUUCUUUUUCAUUAUUUCUUCUUCUUCUUCUUUUUCUUCUUCAUUACCACUUUUUUCAUUAUUUUUCUUUCAUUAUAUCUUCUUUUCCUUAUUCAUUACCAUCAACAUUUUAUUUUUCCUUAUUUCUUCAUUACAAUCAUCACUUUUUUAUUAUUUCUUCUUCUUCCUUGUCAUCUUCAUAUUCUUUUUCAUUAUUUCCUCUUCUUCAUUACCAUCAUCAUUCAAUAUCUAUGGAGCUCACCUGUAG